AUGGCUCAGCAAGAUAGUUCCCUGGCCGCUUCGGCUCGACGGCGACUGCGCGGGGAAGAAUCAUGGGUCGACAUAUCGUCUAACCCCUCCCCGUCUUCUGUCAACUCAAUGGCUUCCAUUCAAGCCUCAAGAACACCCAGCGAACGGAUUCCUCGCCCGCUGAUUCCCAUGCGCUCGGUGACCGAGCCUCCACGCUCGUUGAGCACUGCUGGAAGUAGCCAGGAUGAAUAUGACGAGAGCUCAUCGGAGAGCGAUCGCGUAAUGAGCAGUUCGAACGAGGACAUCGUCAAAGAAGACGAUGAAGAAGUGGAUCUCGAUGAUGAUGAUAACCGCACAGCCCUGGGUGUGCGAACCGAAGAGGUCUUCACACCACAACCCAAUGCAUUCUCCCAUCCACCGUCAGCACACUCGAGCCGCGACUCGUACUUUCCUCGCGUUACAUCAGCCCCAAGUUCGCAUAUUCGACCGCGACCUCAUCUUCAGCGUGCCCGGGAGCAGGGCAUGACGGCUUCCUAUCAGCCAGACCACGAUGCCGCCUUACGAGCGUCACUCACUACGCUACUAUCUUGCGCCGCUGCUGUCCGACCAAAAGCCACCAAUGGCGAAAAGCACGACCUGCUACCUCAGCGGCAGUCCCUGAAUCGGCCCUCCACACAACCGACGACUCUUCGCCUUAUACCCGAAUCUGCCCUACCGUCACAAUCGAGACCGUCCGCAACAUCCUCAAAAUCACCAUCAAGUCCAACAUCCCGACCCUCCAAGAGGCGCUCCCGUUCCCGCUCCAAAGACCGUGAGGCGCAUCAAAGCAAGAAACAACGACCAAUAUCUGCAACCUAUUCAUCUUAUGAUGACUAUAUCAUCAGUCCCACACUUGCCGGCUGGGUGAUAUCUGCAGGCAUGGUGCUGGUUCUAUCUGCCAUCAGCUUCAGCGCAGGAUAUGCGUGGGGACGAGAAGUCGGCCGCGCAGAGGCAGAGCUGGGUUUUGGUGCAAGCGGUAGUCUGGCUGGCAGUGCUGGCGGAGCCAAUGGCAGUUGCGCUGCCCAAGAGGCUAUGCGUGGCAGUGGAUUGCGAAGGAUGAAUUGGGCCGGUAGUACGAGCGCCAUUCGUGCGUGA